CUUAGUUUUUCGUACGAAAACAUUCGUUGCCAAAAAACGUCGUGACGCACGCGAAUUUUACGAAGUGGGACGAAUAAGCUUGCGAAAAAACAGCAUUUUCCGUAACAAAAAUAAGAGAAACGUGUUGCAAAAACAAAUCUCAGUUCGUAAAGGUUUACGCAUCAGUUCGUACAUUUCUGCGGUGGCCAUCAAAGUGUUGUGUAUGACAAGGUGAACAAAAUGGGAAUGAUCACAAGGGUAAGGGGAAGAUUGAGAAGUUUCCACACGAUUACGAAGGGUGACAAAAAAUUACAGGAUGAGAAGAUUUCGCAAACAGUUUGUCUUCUGUCGGUUGUGCUACUUCUUCCGUAUUGCUACAGAGGACAGAUGCCACUAAUCUUCCAACUGGGUGGAGUAUGGUUAAUUACGUACACUUGCAUAGUUGUGCCCAUAUUAGUAUCCGCAAACUAUAUGUAUCCUAUCAAAUGGAUCAAAUAUAUCAAAAACAAUAUACCAGGUUUAAUGACAAAAAUGUCAGGACCAAUUACCACAGUGAUUUUACAGUUGUACUCCCCUAUCGACAGAUGUGAGCGAGUUUUCAUGAAAAUGCUAAACUUAUCGAACAUGGCUACUCAGUUGGUGUUCUUCAUGAUGUGCGAUCGAGUACUACUGUGCAGCAUUGGAGGGUACGACUGUCCCAAAAAGCGCGUUACUGGUCUAUAUUCGCUUAUGUUCUAUAAUGUGAUAGCUUAUUGCGUGUCUUACAUCAAAGAGCUGAUUGAUAAGGAAGAUUGGUCCCCGUACGUCCAUAUGACACAGCACAGCAAUUUGAAGCACGUCGCCAUGUCGGCAACAAAAAUUGUUUUAGAAUGGACGAAAGCAAUUACGUUUAUCAUAACUGUAACGUUCAUGCUGCUCGUUUUUGGUCUGGAACAGGGUCUGGAGUAUUAUCAACCGAAUACGUUUUACACCAUCGUUACAUGGAGUUACUACAUGUGCACUGAGAAGGUGUUCGUGCAGUUCUUCCCGACGAUGCUGUUGUACCUAAGACUGCACUUUCUGGAAGCUUUGGAAACCUUUUACGCACCAGUGCUACUGCGCUACUACACAAUCACGUUAGCUUCAUUUCUAAGCAUGGUCUUGCUAUUAUACGGACAAUUUAAGUUUACUUUUAUCGCAUCGUAUUUGACAGUAUACCUUAACAUUAAAGACAUGAUAAUUAACUGCUUGAAGCAAUUGAAAGAGGAACAAGCGGUCCUGGGGAAAUUCCGAAACGCGUCUUUCGAGGAAAUCGAAAAUUGCGACGACGUUUGUGCCGUCUGCCUUUGUGCGAUGAAGAGGGCGAGGGUUACUCCGUGUCAGCAUUUGUUUCACGCGGAUUGCCUUCGGCAAUGCCUGAACUCGUCGUACAAUUGCCCGAUUUGCAAACGUGAGUACAUAUUCACCUGAUGAAGGGUAUUUGGAAACUGUGAAAAUGAGGAAGAGGCUGAUAUUCUAUUCUCCUAGGGUAGAUGUAAAACGUAUUUAUUGUGCAUCUUUUGUACUAUUCUCCUAGUUUAUAAGUUUUUGUAUUUGUAUUAUAUAAUAAAUUUUUACACGCUUUCAAAAAA